AGCUCCUUCAUUAUUAGCGACGGAAAUUAAGCCGUAGCUAAAUCCGUCGCUGAAUACCACUUAAUUAUUUACCCUAGGCACAAAAUUGGUAAAAGUUCGGUCUCUUCUUCGUCUAACAGGGUAGAACGCUGGGAGAAAAUAUAGGCGGUUGGGAGCAAAAUCAAUGGAAAAUACACUUGAGGGCAAGAACAAGAGCAAAAAUUAGUAGCCAACGUGAAUCUAAGGAAUAUGGAUAAUUUAGAGCGCGCUUGGAUGUACGAGAGGUCGGAUGGCCGAGGGGGUAUUAAUUCUAAUUUUGUAACUGGCGUGGAUAGCUUUCUCCUGUUUGCACGUUCUCAGCAAAAUAGCAUGAGUGAUAUGACUCGAGGGAGAGGCAAGUCCUCAGUUAGGGGUAGGGGUAAUUCUGCUAUUCGUGCAAAAAUGCCUUCUGUUCCCAUUCCAAUAAUUAGUCCUCAACAAGGUGGUACGAGCUCUUUUAUUGGGCAGAAUCACAUAAAUCAAGUACAAACUUUAGCUCCUAGCAGUACGACACUCGUUCAAACAUCAGGUCAUGGUAGUACCCCAACUAUCCAUUCUGAAUCAUCUCCUAAUACACUUGAUCAUAGUAACUCAAUAGGUGAGGGCAUAUCUACUCAAAGCAACACAAUUGGCGAAGGUGAGUGCACCAGUAGUCGCGGGCAGCAGACACUUGUUACUCUUGCUCCUACAGGGUUAGAACCUAGUGGAUUAUGCUCGUCGAAAAUAUUUAAAUCUUUCAAGCAUGAACUUGAUCCCAAUGGAAUCAAUUGGAAAAGUGUCUCUGACGAGAUAAAAAACUUUUAUUGGGGAGAAUUUAAGAAGAAAUUCUAUUGGGACUCUUCCAUUGAUAGUGCAAUGAGGAGCCAAUGGGAGAAUAAGGCAUCAAUCAGGUACAAAGAUUUCAUUUCCAAAAUGAAAGCUAAAAAAGUUAGGCCAAGAGGUGUUCCAGUAGAAGUGUGGGAAAGUUGGGACCAACUUUGGAAAGAUCCCAAGUGUGUUGAAAAGUCAGAAAUAAAUGCAAAGAAUCGUCGUGGCGGUAGGAGUGGAGUCUCCAUCGGGACUCACACAGGCGGCUCUGUCUCCAUUGGGGAGUAUCGCAAGAGACUUGCUGUUGAAAAGGGUCGAGACCCAACACCAAGUGAGUUACAUUUGUACGUCCAUACACAUGGGUAUGAUGGAAAAUCUUUUCUUGAUGAGAAAUCUCGAAUCGUGCAUGUAUCAGGAAAUAUUACAAGAACAAACACAAACUCAAUCUGAUAUUGAUCAAUGGAAAGCGUAUUACGAAACCACGGGAGGGGAAAAGAAGAGAAGAGUAUAUGGUCUUGGAUCUCAAGCAAAAUGCUACUAUGGACUGAAUCUUUAUGGCUCUUCUGGAUCAGAUGCUUCAUCAUCAAUACCACCUUCGAGUGCUCAAUCAGCAUCGAACAUGGAUGAGUUAGUAACGCGUUUGAUUCCUACACUAACAGAGCACAUAGUUCCUGUGCUAACUGAUCAUAUGCUUCCAGUAUUGAUUGAGCGGGUGCGUGAAAGAUUUCAUCACCCUCACUGACUUCUACUGACCACCCAUCAGAUGUGGUACCAACAGUUCAUGCUCCUACUACUACUGCUACCGUUCAUGGGGUUCGUCCAUCGGUUUUAAAUGAUGACCUUAACCCCUAAGCCCUGUAUUUGGAAGCUUUUUGUUUUGAACUUUAUUGUUGGUGUUAUGGAUAAUUCGCACCUUUUUGGUUUGAACUUUAUUAUUGGUGUUAGGGAUAAUUCGAACUUAAUUGUAUUAGCUAUAUGCAUUUUGAUAUCAUUUUGAUAAUUCGAACAUCGGGCAUUUCGAUAUGCAUUUUGA